GUAAGCAGCGGUCCUGACACGUAAGAGACCCACGCAAAUUUGGGAAAGGAACAAGUUUCUUUUCCCACAAGUUGGACGAGGAAACACACUUGAUGUAGUCGACCUGUAGCGUCUGUACAAAACCCCGCCGGAGGUUCCUUCAAACCGGUAGAGAGGAGCCGAGGCGCCACUAUGAGGUUUCCAGCCCUUCUUUCAGCCCUGCGGUCGAUGGGCCCGGUGGUAAUCGGCAUUUCUUUAGGAUUCACCCUGAGUUUGCUCAGUGUAAACUGGACAGAAGAAGCGUGUCCCGCGGACGAGGGCGCUCCUCUGGGUCACGACGAACAGCUCAGAGGUGCCCGCAAACCCAAUUCCAUUGCCGCCGAGACCGAAGCGGAUUUCCAACCGAGAAUAGUGCCGUACAAACAAGUCGCGCCGAGUACCGCUAAGAAAGUUUUUCGUGCAAAAUAUGUAAGUACAGAACUGGGGAUUCGCGAGCGUCUGUUCGUUGGAGUCCUGACAUCCAAAAACACCAUUAACAGCUUGGGCGUAGCUGUCAAUCGCACCAUCAGCCAUCAUCUGGAUGCUGUGGUUUUCUUCACUGGCACACGCAACCGCAAAGCCCCCCACGGCAUGUCUGUAGUCUCGCAUGGCGACGAAAGACUGAUCUGGAACAUGUUUCAGACUAUGAAGUACAUCUUUGACCAUUACAUCAACGAGUACGACUGGUUCUACUUCGUCCAAGAUGACGUCUACACAGAAGCCGACAGGAUCAAAAAUCUUGUGGAGCACCUGAGUAUGAAUCGAGAGGUUUACAUGGGCUGUCCAGAGGAGUUCAUAGGUGGGGAGAUGGAAGGCAGCUACUGUUACGGAGGGUUUGGGUACCUUCUCUCUAGAACUUUGCUGCUUCGACUUCAACCCUUUCUCGAAAAUUGUCGGAACGACAUUCUGAGCGCCAGGCCCGACGAGUGGCUGGGCAGAUGCAUCAUCGACUACACGUCUACAAACUGUGUCAACAACUUUGAGGGGCUCCACUACCACCAUUAUCAGUUGGGGAAAAACACCGAUCCUAGCAAAGAGGAGAGCGAGCAGUUUCGAAGAGCUCUGACUGUCCAUCCAGUGUCUGACACUGAACAGAUGUACCGGCUGCACAGACACUUCACUGAGAUUGAACUGCAGAAGACUUACGAUGAGAUUGCUAAACUCCAGGCAGAAAUAAAAAAUGUCAGCGUUGACGCUUUCGACGGCAACCGAAGUGCGCAGUGGCCGAUAGGAAUCAACCCACCCUUUGAACCGAAAUCUCGUUUUGAAGUUUUAAAAUGGGAGUACUUCACUGAAGAGGAGAUUUAUUCAUGCAUUGACGGAUCCCCAAAGUGCGAAUUGGGUGGCAUUGACCGCAUUGACGUGGCUGAUGUCAUCGACGUCGCUGUCGGAGAGCUGAACAAGAAGUACAAACCAAUCUUGCACCUGAAGAAGCAGCGCCUGAUUAAUGGCUACAGGCGCUUCGACCCUACCAGAGGCAUGGAGUACACCUUGGAUUUACAGCUAGAGGCAGUCAACCAAAAAGGUCACAGCCGAUCUAUCACCAAGCGUGUUCAUCUGGUUCGACCUUUGAGCCAGAUAGAGAUAAUUCCCAUGCCCUAUGUCACAGAAGGUACGAGGGUUCAUGCCAUUAUACCGAUUACUGUGUUGGAUCGGGAUUACGUUGAACAUUUCUUCAAGGUCUUUGCCUCCAAUGCCUUUGAGACAAGCGAAAACAUCAUCCUGACCUUCCUGUUCAUUUACGACCCAGUGGAAGCACAGCAAGUUAACCAGAAUGAUAUAUUUGCCGGCGUUAAGACUCAGAUAAUCCUCUACGAGCGCAAAUACCCUACAGUGAAAAUCCCUUGGAUAAGCGUCAAGACAGACACACCAUCUCAGAUCAAAUGCAUGGACAUCAUCUCGAAGAAGCACCCAGUUGACACAUUGUUCCUUCUAGCUACUGUCAACACCGAUGUCAAUUCAGAGUUUGUGAACCGCUGUCGCAUGAACUCCAUUAACAACUGGCAAGUGUUCUUCCCCAUCCAUUUCCAGGAUUACAACCCCGACGUGGCCUAUCACAGCCAGCCGCGUCCGGCCACAAUCGACCUGGUCAAGGACUCGGGACAUUUUGAUCGCUGGUCAUUUGACGAAGCAUGUUUUUACAACGCAGACUACAUGGCAACACGCACAAAAAUGGUUGCAGAUGUCCAAGAGAACGAGGAGAUCCUCGAGACCCUGGACAUUUACGACAUGUUCGUAAAGUACUCCGGGUUACAUGUAUUCAGGGCAGUAGAGCCGGCAUUACACCAGGGCUACCGCUACCAAGCUUGCAACCCACGGCUCAGUGAGGACAUCUACCACAGGUGUGUUCAGAGCAACUUGGAAGGGAUCGGUUCUCGUUCCCAACUCGCAAUGCUGCUGUUUGAACAAGAACAAGGAAAUAGCACUUGAGAGCAAACAACCAAACCUCGACGCUUGCAUGUGACAUGAAAACUGUGUUUGUUUAAAGGGUUAUUGGGACAAAACAAUUUCAGUGCGUCUGAAUAUAAUGGCAACACUGAACUUCGCACACAGUGUAGCCCAUUUCUGGGGUGUGGUACCAGCUGGCUAAAAAUGAAUGCAGUACUGUUCUAACUAAAUCCUGUUUACAACACUGAUCCUUCAACGCGGCCAAACGUGACUGAACCGGACAAUCGGGAGCAAAUUGUAUCGGUGACUCAGACCUGCACACCUGGCGAUGGACCCUCGCACACAUACCAACUCGCUGCAACAGAAAAACUGCGACCCUCGACGUUUUAAGGUGCCACGUUUGAUCAUUUUAUUGAACCAUAAAGAACAUGGGGCGAUUGUCAAGGAAGAAGCCCAUCUCCCUGGCCGCCGUAGCUAUAUUGAAAUACAAAGACAGGAAACAAGUGAGUGUGGAUAUUUCGAAGCUGUUAGUAUUGAUAGCCACAUUCAUUGAGUGCACUCGUGCCUUUCGGAGACAGACUCGACACGCUUCACUUUUUAGCCUCAGGUACAUUAGUAAUUAUAAAUAUAGUUGAGUAUUAUUGUAAAACCAAGGUAUUCUUUUUUUAUACUGUAUUGGUACGGCUUGGCGACGGUUGGCCGAAUCUCGCUUGGUACCCAGAAACGUAAUUUUUGCUUGUGAAAGAUCAUGUGAUACAACAUGGCAUUUUCGACGCCGUCCACCUGUGAUUCAAGUUUCGCGGCAAAGCUGGUUGCCGACGGACGGCCACUCGUGAAAACCCUGCGCGCUGCUCGACAGUUCAGUGGCGUUCGAUCGCGUCGCUCGGUGUGGAAGUACUUUCCUACCGUUCUCGCUUGCAACGAGCAAUAUUUGACCACUAUGUUACAGAAACAGGGUGUUGUUGCGCAGGUAGUUUAACAAGUUUCUAUGAACGGUUGUUGACGUGUGGCCAGUCAGCGCCACAGUCACACAACACACCUUUUUCUCUGCACCUGCCUGUUUCAAUAACUUGGAUCUUUAUCUUGGUUUUCUGCUUCCAAGUCCUUUCAUUUUGCACUAGGGGAAAUCUGCAAUUGUUUGUGAUGGACAGAGCAUUGGCUGCUUUAGUGAGUUUUCAUGGUGGUCAGUCCAAGCCAGCCAAAUAAAAUGUUGAAAAGUGGUUUGCACUGUUACAGACGAGGGUCUUUGGUCUUUGGUUUAAACCUGUUUUGGUUUUGGAGUUUGCGUGUUGUUCAUAUGCCUCCUGUGGUUGUCUUCGAGCGUUCUCUACACUCCCACUGACCAAAAACAUCAGCCUUGGGUUAAUAAACGUGGUCCUUUUCAUGUUACAUUGUAUCUGCUCACAGAAGUGAUCGUCUAUUCAUACGCAACGUCUGUAGAUAUGCAUCAAAAUUGUGCACCGCAGGAUGUGUGCGCAUUUCCGAUGUCACAGAUGUGAGUGUGUUCCAACGAAGUUGCUGUAAUUGUGCCUUGAAACUGAUUUUACAUCGGGUGGUUCUUUUGAAGUCAUAUUUAUGUCGCAUAAUAGUUUUGCCACGCAGGUGCUGCAGUCGCUGUAUUUUUCGUCCGUCUUUUGGGUUUUGAUAUGCCUCGCUUCGCCAAUGUGUGAUGAAGCCGAGUAGAGAUGUCGCAUUCUGGUUUUGGAGGCCCAUUUGGGAGCAAGCGCCCUUCCGCGAGUCGUGCAUGUGCCUCAAACCGCGGACUGGAGUACUUCCUGCCGGCGUUUGCUAUACGGAGGUGUCCGUAAGGCAGUGGACAGUGAGCUACUAUACGUGUGUACAUUUUUCUUGAAUCUUUUAAGUUACUAAAGAUGUAGCCACAGAAAGCUGAAAAGAAGUAUGAAUAUUUGCAGGAAAACAAAACAAUGUUGUUGUUUUUUCCCAGGAGUUUCUUCAUGAAGCAUGGGAUACUUUGAAAGAAUGUGGUAGAAAUGAUUCAUGGGAACAACGUGUGUUGCAUUAGCUCAAUAAGAGCUAAUGUUUGAACUCGCUUAAGUUUUAAUGACUCCAAUUUUAAAUCACAUGUCAUUGUCCUCCUCGUUUAAUUUUAUUUUGUUCUCCAUUUGCAUUUUAAGAUUUAUGAGUUUUACUGCAACUUUAUUAGAAUGGUAGCAAUAGUUGUAGGAAUGUUUUCAGUUGAGGUUACUUAAAAAGUGCAAUAUUGCUGCUAACGCCACUGUUGAGCUGCCAGAUGGCGUACAUCUGCGUUUAUCUGACAAUACUAUAUGAUACCUAUUGUACUUUUUUAAACAUUUUUUUUUUUUUAAGUCACAGUCAGGUGUGUUCAUUUUGAACAUACGCAUGAAAUCAAACAGGUAUAGGGGAUUAAAAGUGUGUGGCAAGUUUUCAAAAUUGCUGGAAAUGCAAUGAUUUUAGCUACUUAUUUAAGGAAGUGUCAGGUUGAUGCCCCUCAGCAUGCUUCUGGUGAUCGUCCAAUGAGAAUUAAACGGGGCUUUUAGGUAGGAAAUAGAAGGCCAAGAGCUAGUAAAAUGAGCAAGGAUUAUUUUUUUUUCUUUACUGUGAUUCAUGCAAUUAUUGAAUAAUAAUAGCAGCACCGAGCUGGAAAUGAAUGUACGAAUGUACGUUCCAGUCACAUUCAUUUUUCAACCAGUGUAAAUUGAUUGGGAUUGAGUCCUAAUUGCAGUUAAUAGAAUUUACAUCCUUGAAUGGAAACAUAAUUCUGAACAUUGCAUUCCACCAUCAACCCUACAUAUUGGUCCUUCAUCAUCAGCUGUACAAUUUAUGUUAAGGUUGAAAUUAAAUUGUAUGUUUAAAACGCCAUAUUUUGCAGAACUGUUUUGCUGUAUCCUUAUUUUAACUAUUAUAAAUCACAGACCAUGGUGUUUGUGUCGUCUUGCAUUCACUUUACUGUGUGAUGUUUAUUAUUUUUUCCUUUUUUACCAAGCCAAUGCUCUACUGAAUGUUUUCCUGUAAAUAGCAUGACACAAUGAACCAAUAAUUAAGUUAACCUUCCAAAAAAAAAAUAAAAAAAUACUGUGAAUUUUUGCUAGAACAAAAUGAGUUGUGAUCUGUGUGUAUUCACCAAAGCCAACAAAGUAGGACAAUAUUGAACUAUGCUGUAGACUAUUUUAUAAUAACGCACUAAUUUUAUAGACACUUUGUCAAGCCUUUUUAAUUCCACACAUCACUUUAUAUUAUCUGAUGACAACACCUCCUUUGCUGUUACUUGCUAUUGUUUAUUGUAGCAUUUGACCUCCUUGACCAUUUCAAUAAUGCCGUUUGGUUUUUGGUCAAGUAAUAGUACGUUUCAGAAACUAUUUCAGUAUUUUUUAUUUUUUAUUUUGUAUUUUUUUUUUGGUGGCAUUUAUGAUCUUGGAACCAAUUGUGUUUGAUGGAUACUGGUACUAAUCUAACCAAACAAGUGAAGCAAUACUUUAAUUGAUGCUCAUCAUUUUUGACUUUGCUGUAAUUACCAAUCAAAUGUG